CAGUCAUAUUCGAAACAGAAUCUAGUGAAACAACAUUUGGCUAUCUUUCAAAAUUUUCCUGGAAAAUUCCAAAUUCGAAGGAAUGCGCAAUUUAAGCGGUUCCCUCAAGGCAUCAGGGCGUAAUUGUGCAACUACUUCAGCAGCUGUUAGAAUGGAGGUCAGCUCGUGCUCUAUGCCGUCGACAGCGCAUCGCCCAAGGCGUAAGAAGCAUUCCCGAAUAGCGCGUGUCUCGGCUGGAGCAUUGGCCCCUGCCAUCAAUUUGCCUUUACCAGUGAGACCAGGAGGCACACUUUCGGCUAAGGCAGACGGAGGAUUCCGCAAAGGAGACAACGGUAUCGCCUCUAGCUCUGGUGUCAAGUCAGCUCGUAUUCCGCCGUCUCCGAACUUAGCAGAGAGUCAAGUUAAAAAGAGUUCACUGUCACGUAAAAGCGCCGGUGCAACUGUGACUUCGAACUCAAAGGGUGGCAGAGCCGAGGCUAGCGGUUCCCGUAAGGUUAAGUUCUCGGCUAACGUGCACACGUUUCCGUCCAACACCAGUAACAAAAAGGCGCGCAUCGGCGAGCUACAGCUUAAAAAGCGAAUCAAGAAGCUUAAGCGUAACCAUCCGAGAUCGGCGGUCGGCGACAAGAGUGUCGCCAACAAGAUUGAUUUGUCCAUAACACAGCAGCCCAACACUGUCCUUGGCAAGGACGUUCAGCAUUACGGCACAAUCAUAGACGUGGAACCCGUUGCAUUGGCACGCGGGCGCAAGUCAACUUGCGAAGCUCCUAAAGCGCCAGUAGCUGGCACGUUCCGCAAGCCUAAGCAGCUGCUCAACAAGAAGGUUAAGAAACCGCGCAUCAAGGCUGGAGCAAGCAAUCGUCAACCGAUAGUAGUAAACAGUAGACCGGCUCCUCGUUUGGCCUACUCUGUACAGCCUGACGUAAAACGCGAUACGUUCCUCCCUGUAAGCAGAGGCAAAAAUAAGCCAGUGCCCGGGCGCGUACUCUAGCUGCGCACUAUACGCCAUGGAACAGUCUAACGGCGAUAAAUCCGAGAAGCCGAGGCAGAUGUCUGAGCAGAAGCUAGAGCAUAAGUCUGAGCCGCAGACAGAGCAACAGCCGCAGCAGCAGCCACAACAGUCGCAGCAGCAGCACAGCAAGCGCCGCAUAAGCGACUCGAGUCUCAUCGACGAAUGUCCAAUUAGUAGCGAUCUGGUCCAGCAUAGAAAACUUUUGGAGGCAGCAGACUCCUCAGCUGAUGCAGUUGCUAAGAAGCGGGUAAACACGCAGAACCAACCACACACAAUGCUAACGCUUAGUGAGGAAUUUUCUUGUUUUAUGGGAUGGGGUCAGAAUCAACUUCACUUUGCAAAAUAAAACGUAAAAAUAAUAA